AUGGCGUUACAAGAACGACAGAGUUGGGAGAGAGAAGUCCGAUUGUUGCGCGAAGCACUGGCACCGUUUUACCAUAGCGAGUCCGAGAUGAGAAGAAGACUUGCGCAACUUGAACAUAGAUCCCUCAAUAACGAUGAAGACCAUUUCCAACUCAAAGAAAGAAUAUCGGCUAUUGAAGAGGUUAACACAAGCCUUGAACGUCGUAUGCAACAGUCCGGAUCGUCGCAGCCCAGAAAGCGGAAAGCGAGUCUCGACCAUGAGACGGUCAUAGUAAUGUCACCAGAAUCAAAUUAUACAUACUCGUCGUCCUCGAUUGCGAGCGACACUACAUCCAUUUCUACGCAAAGAUCUCCACAACCACCAUCGCCUAUCAGCUUGCCUGUUCCUAUUGCAAUGACGGUGGCAUCGCCGAGAUCAAGCGGAGUGUUGAACUUGAAGCCGAAACUACCACCAGAGCUUGUUUAUCCUGGCCAGCUUACACAGCAGCUGGAUUCUGAUAUCGAACCCAGGUCGAGCGGUUUUUUGUCACUGGAUCUUACGGAACGUCUCAGGAGGCAUAAAAUAAGCCCAAAUCCAGCCGUGGUACUGCCUGGAAUUGUUUCUGGGCUGAAUCACAUCUACCAUAAGAGUCCUAGCACGAUUUCAAGUGGACUUCCAUCACCUCCGCAUAUAUCCGGUUUGUUGUCCACUGGCACUAGGAACGACAAGGAAGCUCGCUCACCUAAGCGGCACAAGCAACAAAGUGAUGGAAUGCUUGCGCUAGAAAUACUUGCCAACGCUACAGUUCAGCAACCCACCGUCCAUUGA